UAAUCUGCCCAUGCGUUGAAAUUAUGCUUCAUGUGGUAGUCUCUGUCAGCGUGCAACUCUCACGAUAUAGAAUAUAGAGCAUAGAGGGCCUCCCCUCUGUAAUCUGUACAGUUGGCCAACAAGAAAGAAAAAAAGAGAGAGAGUGAGAUAGAGACCGCAUAAAAAUAAUAUGUCGAGCACGAAUGAAAGUGAAAUUAACGAGCGGUGGUAAACGGUUCUCCGCCGGUUUUUGCUUCUCACCUGGGCGUUGUCUCCAAAGAGAACGGAUAUCGCUUCGAUACGCGACUAUGGGUGACAAUCCGAUGAGGUUAGAAAAUUACGAGGUGCUCAAGGCUCUCUACGACUUCAAGGCCACGUUCGCGAAAACCCUCAGCUUCCAGGAAGGUGAUCACUUCAUCUUGUAUCAAACCAACACCAAACAGAGAAACUGGUGGCAGGUGGUCAACAAGGAUGGCCAGAUCGGGUACAUCCCCUCGAAUUACGUCACCACUGUGAAGGUGUCGUCUCAAAUAUUGAUCGAGUUCCUGGAGGACUGCAUAGCGAAUGUAAAGGCUGAAACUAAGAAACAGACCGGACUGCAAUUGGACAAGCAGGACCUUCUUCUGAGAUUGAUAGAGAAGAAGAGACAGGCUGAGUCUAACAAGAAACCUAAAAAGCAAGCACCGAUGCCUCCAGACUUUGGGAACAUAACGCCUAACAGUGAAACGUGUUCAUCGCCUAUUUGUGACACUCGAGAGGGAGACGUUAACGCUAUUCAGAGUAAUACUUCGUAUAUGACGGCACAGACAACUGUGCACAAUAAUACAGAGGAAGCGCCGGUUGUUCCGCAAUGUCAACGCACGCCAACAAACGAACAAAAAGUGCAGUCUCUGCCACGUCAAUCCUCCUCCGAGUCGCAGAAAAUUCAGGCGGAACUUCGUAAGAGUCCUCCUCAGAGCUCUAAUAUUAGACAGACACCUACUAGUUCGCCUAUAAAGAAGAAAAAUUCAUUGUGUGAUAUUAACUCUCAUACUGCUUAUCAGUUGCUCGACCAAGUGCGUAGAAAUACUCAGUUAAGCUACGAAAUGUCGAAGGUGGCGGUGACGGUUGUUGUCACUGGAUUGCAACAGCUAUUACCCCAGAAUGUGGGCCACUAUUUUGAUGCCUUGUUGCGUCAGUUGGAAACACCGUUCACAGUGUCACAGAUGAGCAUAGAGGAGACGUAUGACGCUAACAGAUUGAAAGUAAUAUUUACAGAGCUUACUUCUUGCAAAGAAGAUUCUCAACAAAGAAAUUGGAUGCUUUAUGAAGACGAAUCUAUUAUUGUUGAUUAUAUAAAGGAACUUACCUCGAUAUUGACUAAUGCAGAUGCAAAUGUAUCUAGAUAUGUUUUACAACAGAAUCAAUAUAACGGAGUUAAUAUACUGAUACAAUAUUAUCAAAUGGAGCCAAGAUGGACUAUUAGGCAAUUGCUUUUACAGUCAUUUGGAGUAAUGUGCAGUCUAGAUUCUGUGAUCUUGACCAUAAUGUUAAAUAGUAUAUUGCCUAUGGAGCUAGCAAGAGAUAUGAGAAGUAAUCCUAGAAACGUUACGAAAUUAAAUUAUUCUUCAUUGCUACUUACUAUGAUCUUUUCAAUGGGUGAACCCAUGCCAGUUACACAUUUGGAGCAACUAGGUCCGGAUUUUAUAGCGUUUAUUUUGGACUUGAUAGAGAAUCCGCCUGACAUGGAUUUGGAAGAUCAAAUCCCGGAUUUGUUUGUGAAUCUGAUAUUGUCGUACAACUUGCAGUUCACAAAUUCGGAAAAUAUAGUCCUGAACGCGUUAAAAGAGAGAACAGUGGCAAAGAAUUUCACCGAGAAGAUCUUGCUUUUGUUCAAUCGAGAAGAGGAUCCUGUGCGAAUAUUCGAUCAUGAACCGCCGCCGCCGCACUCUGUACUGAAACUGUUCAUCGAUCUGUUCAACAACGACAUCACGGCAGGUUUAUUCUAUACAAAUGACGUGAAAGUUCUAAUCGAUAUUAUAUUGCGUCAGUUGUACGACAUGUUCCCCGGUGACAAGCGCAGACAAUACUUGGAAUUAUGUCGGCGAGUACUUCGCACUUCCAGUUAUAACGAGCAUAAAUAUCGUUCCGAGGACCUGUUAAAAUGCUUCACGAGAAUAUUUUGCGAGGAGACCGGAGAAAGCCAGGAAGAUCAGAAAUCGGUACGCGAAAUCAGCAACGAGUUCCCACAUUUGUUUAAAAUGUGACAUUUAUUUUCGCCUCCCGAUAACAAAAGCCCGGAGGACGAUGAUUUGCAAACUCUCGUGUAAGAUACCCGGUACGUAUAAUGGAGGAGAAGCGACGAAGAAUCCGAAAGUUACCGAUCGGAGAAACUUCUUUAUUUUUCUAAUACUUCUACUUUUGCUCAGCCAGUCUACUGUAUCAAGAACGCACACACGAUUCGCAGAACCUUAAGCGCAUCAGAUUAUAUUUUUUUCUCAUUUUAAUCUUUCUAGUAAGCGAUACUAUUUAUUCUAGUUAAAAAAAGAAUACAAAAAGAAAUAAAAAAAAAAAAGACACAUAAACAAGCAUUUAAAAACUGUUGUAUAUAGAUAUAUAUACAUAUAUACAUCUAAGAGGAAAAAACAAAUUUUUCUCGUUCUAAGCAUGAGGACCAUUGAAGUAUGUAGAACCAUUCCAAUACUCUUAUAGAGGUAAAUAAAUUAGUAUACGUGAAAGUAGUCUGGUUGCACGAAUAAAGUCUCGGAUUAAAAAGGUAUUCGAAUUAUUGCUCUGAUAUAAUAUUAAAUAAAAAUUUGAAUGUAUAGUUGGAACAUCUGUAAAUGUUCAGCGCGAAAGCUCUUCGAUGCAAGAGGAUUUUAAUCUUAUUCGAACCAAUUAUACGGUCUCUUGUCUCUGUAAAUUAUAUAGUCUAGUCCGCGUCUGCGCGAAUAAUGUUCUAAGUCAUACGUUAUUUAACUAAAUUACGUUCCACUCUCUCUUGCGAAUGCGCAUAAACGAGCAAAGUUUAUAAAUUUGUUUGGCGAGAAUGUCAAUUCUCUGGCAAUCGCGAUAGUAGAGCUUCGCGAUAAAAAUUUCAUAGUUUAUUAGUGCCACUAUUAUAGUUAUCGAAUUUUCUAGUCUAUUGUUAGUAACUCUAUUUUUUUAAAAGUAUUGUAUUAUGUUUACGACUAUUAACAUGUCAAUUACGAAGAAAUCUCAAAUUAUUGUGAUUGCGAAUCAAAUGUUAAAGAAAUAAAAAGUCUAGGCUAUCGA